UUUUCCUUUAAAAAAAAAGCUUAAACCCUACAAACAGUCGAACAUGGCGAUUUCUCCGUAGAACCACACUCCACAAACACUCCAGUCUCUCAAACCCUAAAUCACACACCCGAAAUGGCAACGGCAGGUGAACACGAUGACGGAGUAGCCAAUCGUCACGUCGUUUAUCUCGACACCACUCUCGACACUCAUCUGGCUAUGAUCGUCUCCGACUCUGACACCGUAUCCGAUUUCAAAAGGAAAAUAAUGUUAGAGCAUCAUCAGUUGUUUCCUGCUAUUGGAGAUGUUAAAGUCGAAUGUUUGAAGGUAAAACGAAAAGGAAGCUUCUAUCACUUGUCAGACUCUAUGCUCGUUAAGAGUGCAUUCGGUGCUACAAAAAGAAAUUGGUUUGCGUCAGUAGAUGCUUCUCGUUUAGAGCAAAAUGAUGGUAUUCAACAGUUGAGUAAACAUAAGGCUGGGGAUCAACUAGCCUUACCAUGGGUAACACACAGUCGUUCAAUCGAAAGACACGAUAAUCACGGGUCACCAUCAGUUCAUUCUAAAACCGCACCAUUAGAAACCGCAUCAUUGGUGAACCAAAAAGUUCUUAAUUUUGAUCAACUUACGUCUGGUGAUUCUUGUAAAGACGUCUCGAAGAAUGCUGAGGAAGAUAGAUUAUGCAAUGAUAAGCAGAUGGAUUGUGAACCACAAGAGAAGCUGGAUACUGUAAAUACAGAUGUAAAUUCGAAGAAAAGAACACGUGAUGUGCAUAACGAGAGUCCACUACAAGACGCUUUUGGGUAUGGACCUUCUGUGAAAAAGAAACGUAAGACUCAAAGGGGAAAAAGCGAUGUAAAAGCUUCAGAAGAAACCCUAGGUUUAACACAUGAUAAUGAUAAGGUAAAUGAUAAGGGUGAUGAAAAUAAGAGAAUAAACAAAGGUGAAAAAUGUUCUGAUCUCGAUCAAGCAGCCACUGUUCUCCUCAGUAUUAAAGGUGUUGGAAAUGAAACUGUUGCUGAUGUAGCAAUGGUAGUGGAAAACAAUAUCCAGCAAGAGACGCCUAUUGUUAUGUCUCAGAAGGAGAAAGACAGUGAAGCCCUUCAGACACCAACUAUGGAGAAUGAAGUACCUUCUUCGUUAAUGAGUGCUCCUGCUGGAGUGACUGCCAGGGGUUAUCUGAAGCGUUCAACCAAACAUAAAGCUGCUGAAAAUGAAACGUCCUCUACAUCUAUCAUCAAAAAGCUGCAUAACACAAACAAAGAAGCCACUAAAUCUUCUCCACAACAGAAUGUAGGAUCCAACGGUCAGGAACGUGCAGAUGAUCAGAUCGACAAACACAAAGACGAUUCAGAUAUCUCACUGAAGCAAAGACCUGAACUGAAGCUUCCCGGUAGGAAAAAGGAGGCUGCGGGUUGUGAGAAUACCGGUGAAGGUAAAAGGAGGAAAACCAAGAAACUAUUUAAACAUUCUGAUAAUCUUGUCGGUGAUAUUUCUUCAAUUGGUCUUGCUUCCGUUAUUGAUGAAAGAAAAACAGAUGAAGUUACAGAGGAAGCGUUAGUAGAUGCUAAGAAAGGCGAUGAUGCGGUCAUGAAUGAGGUGGAAAUCUUAGUAGAAAAUAUUGAAGAAAGAUCAAGGAAAGAUUUUACAGAUACUAAUGAAAGUGCGAUGAACGAUGAUGCUGAUAUAUCAACAACCGUGAAAAACACGACUCAAGAAAAUGUACAAGGUAUAUUAGAUAACUUAGAGAAACAGAAUGAGAAGGCUGAGGAUGCAACGAAAAAGAAAAAGAAACGGAAAAAUAAAAAAACAGAUGAAGUUACAGAAGAAGCGUUAGUAGAUGCUAAGAAAGGCGAUGAUGCGGUCAUGAAUGAGGUGGAAAUCUCAGUGGAAAAUAUGGAAGAAAAAUCAAGGAAAGAUUUUACAGAUACUAAUGAAAGUGUGAUGAACAAUGAUGCUGAUAUAUCAACAACCGUGAAAAACACGACUCAAGUAAAUGCACAAGGUAUAUUAGAUAACUUAGAGAAACAGAAUGAGAAGACUGAGGAUGCAACGAAAAAGAAAAAGAAACGGAAAAAUAAAAAAACAGAUGAAGUUACAGAGGAAGCGUUAGUAGAUGCUAAGAAAGGCGAUGAUGUGGUCAUGAAUGAGGUGGAAAUCUUAGUAGAAAAUAUUGAAGAAAAAUCAAGGAAAGAUUUUACAGAUACUAAUGAAAGUGUGAUGAACAAUGAUGCUGAUAUAUCAACGACCGAGAAAAACACAACUCAAGAAAAUGCACAAGGUAUAUUAGAUAACUUAGAGAAACAGAACGAGAAGACUGAGGAUGCAACGAAAAAGAAAAAGAAACGGAAAAUUAAAAGAACGGCUGGACGAAACGAGGAUGAGUCGAUAACAAAGCAUGUUAAUCGUGAUGUUUGUGAAAAUGUUAAGGAGAGUGAGAGCGGUUUGCUUGAUACCGAUAGAAAAGAUGGUGAAAGAGAACAGCACGAAGAUUCGGAGAAAACAUUAAUAGAUGCUAAGAAAGGUGAUGAUGUGAUUGUCAAAGAGGUGGAAGUUUCAGUAGAAAAUAUAGAAGAAAAAUCAAGGAAAGAAAUCACAGAUACUAAUGAUGCUGUAACGGUAACAAAUGUGGAUAACCUUUUACCACAUUCUGAAAGUCCGGUGAACAAUGAUGCUGAUAUAUCAACAGGGAUGAACAAAAGUCAAGUGAAUGUGCAAGGUAUCUUGGAUAACGUAGAAAAGCAGAAUGAGAAGAUGGAUGAUACAACGAAAAAGAAAAGGAAAAAGAAAAGUAAAACUAAAAGAUCUUCUGGAAGAAACGAGGAUGAGUCGGUAACAAAGCAUGUCGAUGAUGAUGUUAUUGAAAAUGUUAAGGAAGCCGAGAGUAGUUUGCCUGAUGCCGAUAGAAAAGACGGUGAUAAAACAAACAAGACUGAUAAACCUCAAGAUCUGCAAAGUAAACAUCAGUCUACUGACGUUGAGCUAGAGUCAAAGAAAAGUCAAAGUGUUGACCACCAUCAUCUUCCUGAAAAGACCUCUAAGAAUGUGACUGCAUCUGAACUUUCUAAGGUUAAUAACGAAGUUGAGAUUCCUGAGAAUGAAUCCAAAUUUUUCGUUGAUAGCAGGAAAGACAUGAAGAACACAAAAGUUGAUUCCGGGAAUGACCGAUCACAGAAGCUUGUUUCCAAAAAUGAGAACAGCAAUGUUUCUGUUGAUGUGAUAAAAGAUCCAAACAUUACCAAUAUCGAUAAAUUCAAAACUCCAAAAAGGACCAGAAAGAUCGAUGCUCAAAAGACCAGCAGACAACAAUUGCCGUUAGUUCAGUCUCGUGUCAAAACUGUGGAGAAGAAAAAAGUGAACGGUUUACAGAAAGUGAAGAGUUUGUUGAAUACACCUGGAACAAUAUUUGGGGAUGAUGGUGAUUCAGAUUCCAGCACACAAGCUCCAUCUCAUAAAUCAUCAUCGUCAUCAUCGUCGUCAUCAGAAGAAGAUAGUUCUUAUAGCCUAUACUCAAUAAGAAACAGGUCUCAUGCAAGGAAAGGAAUGGAAGGCGCUGGAAAGAACAAUAUAAAUUCACAGAACGAAUCAAAGAGCCCGAUACUGGGAAAACUUUUAAGAAGUUCAAGUGCAUUCAAGAAAGCAAAGGUCACUGCAUCACAAGUGGAAGAUACUGUUGAAUCUGUUCCAGAUAGUCAACCCUAAGUGAUAAAUUUAACUACAAUCCUGUUAAUUUCUUUUUGCUACCCUCAAGUUCUGGAAAUAUUAUCUUAAGGUUAAGUUUUUUGGGCGGGGUACGAUUAGGGGGCAAUUUUGUGGUAGUUUAUGCUUGGUUUUUGCCCUCUAUCCUCCCAUAUACAUAUGUGAGUGAUAUUCUCUUGAGAUAUGUUCAAUUGCAAUCUUGUUUUGACUUAUAUUUAAGUACUAUCAAUGAUCAAGAGUUGUUUUCCUGAGGUA